AUGCGUGCUGCAGGUGAGGUGCAGGCUUCUGUUCAAAACAUUUUUGCAGAAGAUACAAACCAAACCGAGUCCAGUGUGUCUGUUCUCAUUCUCCGGGCAGCAGAGAAUGACCCAAAUAUUUCAGUUAAUAUUAGUCCCAGUGACCUGUGCCAAGUGGACCCCUGUGGCAAUGCUUCCUGCGUGGCACUAAACAACACACAUUUCUGCAAAUGCCCAGAGGGAUAUUAUUAUACCUCUCUAAACUGCACAAAAGGAACGACAUUCCUCAGAGAGAUUACAGUAAAAGUACCUGACACAUCUGGCUUGGAUGAUGAACAGUCUUUGAAUUACCAAGAGUUACAUGAUAAAAUCAAUGCAUUUUUUUCAGAUGCACUGAAGGACACUGAUUAUAAGCAGACUGUGAUUGCUCAAGUAAGCAUUCUCAGUGGGUCAGCAAGAUCCGUAAUGCGUGCUGCAGGUGAGGUGCAGGCUUCUGUUCAAAACAUUUUUGCAGAAGAUACAAACCAAACCGAGUCCAGUGUGUCUGUUCUCAUUCUCCGGGCAGCAGAGAAUGACCCAAAUAUUUCAGUUAAUAUUAGUCCCAGUGACCUGUGCCAAGUGGACCCCUGUGGCAAUGCUUCCUGCGUGGCACUAAACAACACACAUUUCUGCAAAUGCCCAGAGGGAUAUUAUUAUACCUCUCUAAACUGCACAAAAGGAACGACAUUCCUCAGAGAGAUUACAGUAAAAGUACCUGACACAUCUGGCUUGGAUGAUGAACAGUCUUUGAAUUACCAAGAGUUACAUGAUAAAAUCAAUGCAUUUUUUUCAGAUGCACUGAAGGACACUGAUUAUAAGCAGACUGUGAUUGCUCAAGUAAGCAUUCUCAGUGGGUCAGCAAGAUCCGUAAUGCGUGCUGCAGGUGAGGUGCAGGCUUCUGUUCAAAACAUUUUUGCAGAAGAUACAAACCAAACCGAGUCCAGUGUGUCUGUUCUCAUUCUCCGGGCAGCAGAGAAUGACCCAAAUAUUUCAGUUAAUAUUAGUCCCAGUGACCUGUGCCAAGUGGACCCCUGUGGCAAUGCUUCCUGCGUGGCACUAAACAACACACAUUUCUGCAAAUGCCCAGAGGGAUAUUAUUAUACCUCUCUAAACUGCACAAAAGGAACGACAUUCCUCAGAGAGAUUACAGUAAAAGUACCUGACACAUCUGGCUUGGAUGAUGAACAGUCUUUGAAUUACCAAGAGUUACAUGAUAAAAUCAAUGCAUUUUUUUCAGAUGCACUGAAGGACACUGAUUAUAAGCAGACUGUGAUUGCUCAAGUAAGCAUUCUCAGUGGGUCAGCAAGAUCCCUAAUGCGUGCUGCAGGUGAGGUGCGGGCUUCUGUUCAAAACAUUUUUGCAGAAGAUACAAACCAAACCGAGUCCAGUGUGUCUGUUCUCAUUCUCCGGGCAGCAGAGAAUGACCCAGAUAUUUCAGUUAAUAUUAGUCCCAGUGACCUGUGCCAAGUGGACCCCUGUGGCAAUGCUUCCUGCGUGGCACUAAACAACACACAUUUCUGCAAAUGCCCAGAGGGAUAUUAUUAUACCUCUCUAAACUGCACAAAAGGAACGACAUUCCUCAGAGAGAUUACAGUAAAAGUACCUGACACAUCUGGCUUGGAUGAUGAACAGUCUUUGAAUUACCAAGAGUUACAUGAUAAAAUCAAUGCAUUUUUUUCAGAUGCACUGAAGGACACUGAUUAUAAGCAGACUGUGAUUGCUCAAGUAAGCAUUCUCAGUGGGUCAGCAAGAUCCCUAAUGCGUGCUGCAGGCCUGGUGCGGGCUUCUGUUCAAAACAUUUUUGCAGAAGAUACAAACCAAACCGAGUCCAGUGUGUCUGUUCUCAUUCUCCGGGCAGCAGAGAAUGACCCAGAUAUUUCAGUUAAUAUUAGGAUGAAUCCAUGUGAAUCUUCUGGUUGUAAAUAUGAUGGUAAUAACUGCAUUGAUGUUUUACUAUGUGAAUGCAAAACUGGGCUGCAAAGACCUAACCCAUUUUCUACUUGUAAUGGUAUACAUUGUCCUGACAACUGCAAUGCUGAGAACAAAAAGCAAUGUAUAAGGGACAGCAAUGGAGCCUCCCUGUGUGAGUGCCUGCCAGGCUACAAGAAUGACAAAGGGUUCUGUGAAAAGUGUCCAUUUGGCUACAAUGGAAAGGACUGUGAAGACCAAUUUCAGCUGAUCCUCACUAUUGUGGGUACCAUUGCUGCCAUCCUCAUCCUUGCCUUGGUGAUUGCCCUCAUUGCCUCUGUAAGAUCAAAGAACAAAGGCAAAAACAUAGAAGAACAGCACUUGAUUGACAACGACUUUCAGAACCUGCGCCUGCAGCAGACCGGCUUCAGCAAUGCUGGAGCAGAAGGGAACAUAUUCCCCAAAGUCAGAACCUCAGCCUCCAGAAACACUCCUGAACAGAACCCAUACAUCAGCCAGAAGAGUAUCCCGCGCCCCGACUACUAGAAUGGAAAAAAAAAUCUGGACGCCUCCAUCUCUCUGGCCAUAUACACCAUGAGUCUGAGAUGCAGAUCGGUGAGCAGCAUGAAGCUCUGGCCUCUGGUAUUUCCUUCUGGCCAGCACCGUUGGUCCCUCUAAAUGCUGACAAGGAUCAUAGCUUGUUAAAGAAGUACCUGUGAAAUUAAAUAUGCAUAUGUGCUACCAGCACUUGUAACAUAAUUGAUUUUCUCCAAUCUGUACCCAGUACUAAAACAGUGGUUGGGUUUUGUUCUUUUCUUGAUGGCAACACAAGCAUUUCCAGUGUGGAGGACACUCCCAGCAUUCUUCGAGCCUGGGAGAUGGCUGCUCUCUUGAAUCGCAACUACAGAGGUGGAUACAUGACCUGAUCCUCCUGGGAGCCUGCUACACCAGCCCUGCAAUGGAGGGAACGAAGGCAUGAUGUUUCUUAGGGUACAGUGGACAGGUUAGAACAUGGAUGCCACCACUCUUCUCCUUCCCAGUAGGGAUUUAGCCAUCCUUGAACUGCCAGGAGUAUUUGUGAUAGGGCUUCACUUCAAGAAUGGGAAAGAGGUAUUCAACCUUUUCAAGAGUUAUAUUGGGAAUGUAAGAACUUUUGGAUGUUAAUGAGAAGGCUCAGAUUAGAAAUAUUUCCAGAAUGUGAUAUGGAGUUUGUGAAAAGCUAAUGGGUAUGAGAGGCAGAGGGUGAACAGCCUGAUCUGGCUAGCAGGGAUUGAUGUGGUGGGAAGAUGAAUAAGGAGUAGGCACCAGGUUCCAGCUCCUCCCUUGGGGUCUCUCCUGGGAGCAGAUGGGCUCACCCUAGUGUUGUUCUGCCCAGACAAAGAGCCUGGGAACUAGAUAAAAGCCAGAAGCCACCAGUGAUCAGUGUGAGCCCCUUGACAUGACUACCUUUCUGUGUGGCUCAGGGUCAGAGAUGUGUCCACAAGUCCAGAUGCAAAGCCUCAUGAUACAGGUUCCAGACAGACUUCAUUUAGGACCCAUUCUGCUCUGGUGACAGAGGCUGGCUGUAACCACCAACACCACACACACACACACUCACACACACAAAAUACAU